AUGGUACCGAUCGCCUUUCUUUUAAUUCUGCUUCCUUGCAGUGUUUACACUAAUAGUGUCCAUGCAAAUUUAGAUGACAUGCGAGAAGAAUACCCAUGGGAAUUCGACCCCCCACCAAGACCAGCAAUACCAGACUUGGAAAGCCCUGAUAAAAAAAUCUACGAAGAUGAUGAUGAUGAUUUAACUGAAGACCGCAGAGAUGUUCAUAGAAGAUCUAUGUAUGACUAUGGAGAGGUUCUUCACAAGUCCAUUCUAUUCUAUGAGGCGCAGAGAUCAGGACCACUUCCUGCGGAUAAUCGUGUAUCCUGGAGAGGUGAUUCAGCUCUUUACGACUGUGGAUUGUACGGCGAAAAUUUGACUGGAGGUUACUACGAUGCCGGUGAUCAUGUUAAGUUUGGUUUUCCAAUGGCGUACACAACCACAGUUUUGACAUGGGGAUUACUGCGUUACAAAGAUGCAUAUGAAGCCGCUGGCGAGCUGGAUAACAUGUACAGCACAAUCAAAUGGGCCACUGAUUAUUUUAUAAAAGCUCAUCCUUCUCCAAAUGAACUGUACAUGCAGGUCGGAGACGGAGCCAUCGAUCACUCAUACUGGAUCCGACCCGAGGACAUGGAAAUGCCACGCCCGCCUUCCAUCGUCAACCCUUCAAACCCUGGUUCAGAUGUUGCUGGCGAGACAGCGGCUGCAUUGGCGGCUGCAUCUAUGGUAUUCCAGGGAGUAGAUGAUGCUUAUUCAACAGAGUUACUGACACAUGCUACCGAUCUUUAUAAGUUGGCUAACAAUUAUCGUGGUAUAUACUCAUCCGAAUACUAUACCUCGAAGAGUUAUGGGGAUGAACUGGCCUGGGCUGCAGCCUGGAUAUUUUAUGCUACUGGGGAUCUCGCGUGGAAAGCAGAAGCCGAGAGCAUGCAUACAACAUACAUCGAUUCAGAGGGGGUCCCAUGGUCAUUUUCCUGGGGAACAAAGAAUGCCGGCGUCAAUCUGCUCAUGUUCGAAAUUACUCGAAAUUCUACCUAUGCCAAGAAGUUGAAAAAAUUCCUCAAUGGUUGGUUACCAGAGAAUGACUUCCCGCACACUCCUUUAGGUCUUGCUUUCCGUAGCGACUGGGGUCCGUUGCGAUUCGCAGCGGCCACUGCCAUGUUAUCUCUGUUCGCAGCUGACAGCGGCAUACGAGCUAUCAGAUACAAGGACUGGGGAAAGCAACAAAUAGACUACAUGCUUGGCGACAGUGGUAGAAGUUUUGUUGUCGGGUUUGGAGUUAACCCUCCCCAAUCCCCCCACCACAGGGCAAGUUCAUGUACGGAGGUAAAGUGUGGGAGUGUUGCUCUCAACUCAGCCGAUGUGAACCCUAAUGUGCUGCAAGGAGCGCUGGUUGGUGGGCCUGACAUUCAAGAUAACUACAUUGAUAACAGAAAAGAUUAUGUUAAGAAUGAAGUAGCGUGUGAUUACAACGCCGCUUUUCAAUCAGCCGUAGCAGCUCUGUUGCACAUGGAACUACCGGUGGUGUAA